AUGUCAAAUCUCACAUAUUAUUCAACGUUAGGUUACUAUGCAGUUCGUAUUGGUCGUGAACCAGGAAUUUACUUAUUAUCGGAUCAAUAUAAAGAACAGAUUCAUGAAUAUUCUGGUGCCUUGUAUAAAAAAUUUAAUACAAGACAGCAGGCUGAAGAUUUUAUUAAACCGAUAGAAGAUAUUAAGAACUAUCUAUCAGUUUGGACCGAUGGUUAUUGUUAUAAUUGUAAAGAAAUAAAUAGUAAAAAACGGUUUCUAGGAAAACUAAAUUCAAUUGCUGGAGUAGGAGUAUUUUUUGCUGACAAUGAUGAUCGAAAUUUAUCUGAAAGAUUACCAGGCGAAAUUCAAACAAACAACCGAGCUGAACUAUAUGCUGCUAUACGAGCAUUAGAAAUUGUUGAUAAACAACAAGAUAUUGUUAUAAAUACAGAUA